AAUCACUAAACUAGACUUUGACCCAAUCUAACAUUGAAGAAACUCAAAUCCAAAUUCACAAGAAUCUACGGCCAAAGAAGAAACGAGAGGUUGUUUGUUUUUGGUUACCUCAAACAACGCGUCUUCUGAUCAUGGUGGAAUUCUACAUCAGCUUCGAUAGAUGUGAGGAUAAGGUGCGGUACUCCUUCAUCAGCCACCUCUCCGCCGCUUUUCACCGCAGAGGAAUAUCCUCGUUCGUCGGCGGAUCCGAUCCGGAAGCCGAUGGAUCAUCCAAACCGUGCCUGGAGAAAUCGAAAGCUUGUGUGGUGGUUUUCUCUGAGCAAUACUCGUCAUCCAAGCCGUGCCUGGAGGAGCUCGUCAAGGUUACCGAACGCCGGAGAAACGACGGAGGUCUCGCGGUGGUUCCGGUGUUUUACAGAGCCACCAAGUCGUCUGUGAAGAAACUGAUCUGGAAAUCGAACGAUCUUACGAAUGAAUGGCGAAGCGCUCUGCUACAAGUGGUAGACUUACCAGGGCACGAAUCACAUGCAACGCAAAGUGACUCCGACCUUGUAGAAGAGAUAGUCGCUGAUGUGCGUGAAAAGCUCAAUGCCACGGAGAAUAUUGGUAUGCAUUCGAAGCUGGUGAAGAUAGAAAACUUGCUACGCAAGAAACCAUGCGGAGUUCGUAGGAUAGGACUAUGGGGUAUGGCCGGCAUAGGGAAGACAACACUUGCUAAAGCCAUCUUUGACCAAAUGUCUUGUGACUACGAGGCUUCUUGCUUUGUCAAAGAUUUUCACAAGGAGUUUCAUGACAAGGGACUUUACUCUCUGUUAGGGGAACACUUUGGGAAAACUCUUAGGGAAGAGUUUGGCGUGAAUAGUCCGGUUACAAGACCGAUCCUACUUAGAAAGGUUUUAGGACACAAAAGAGUUCUCGUUGUUCUUGAUGAUGUCCGCAAGUGUCUAGAUGCAGAGUCAUUUCUUGGAGGGCUUAAUUGGUUUUCUCCGGGGAGUUUGAUUAUCAUAACUUCAAGAGAUAAACAAGUGUUUUCUCUUUGUCAAGUGGAGCAAAUCUACGAGGUUCCUGGUUUAAAUGAGGACGAGGCUAUGAAGCUAUUCUCGCGCUUUGCAUUUGGAAAGGACAUCAAACAUGAGAAUCUGCAGAAACUAUUACCCAAAGUGAUUGAAUAUGCAGAUGGUAAUCCUUUAGCUCUAAAGUAUUAUGGGAGAAAGACGAGGGAUAAUCCAAAAGAAGUUGAGAACGCAUUCCUCACGCUCGAGCAAUCUCACCCACAAGAGAUUCAAGAUGCAGUCAAGAGCACAUAUGGCUUACUUGGUGCUAACGAGAAGAACAUAUUUCUUGACAUUGUUUGUCUUUUCAGGGGAGAAAGCAUCGACUAUGUGAUGCAUCUUCUUGAGGGGUGUGGUUUCUUUCCACGUGUUGGAAUCAAUGUUCUUGUUGAGAAAUGUUUGGUGAGUAUCUCACAAGGCAAGGUAGUAAUGCAUAAUCUGAUCCAAGACAUAGGUCGCAAAAUAAUCAAUAGAAGAAAGAGACGUUCCAGACUAUGGAAACCAUCGAGCAUUAAGCAUUUUCUGGAGGACAAAAACGUCUUGGGAAGUGAAGACAUUGAAGCCAUAUCUCUGAACCCAUCUGUCUUAAACUUUGAUCUCAACCCUAUGGCGUUUGAGAAAAUGUACAAUCUCAGAUAUCUGAAGAUUUGCAGUUCCAAACCUGGAAGCUAUUCUACAAUACACCUCCCCAAGGGACUUAAAUCUCUACCAGAUGAGUUAAGGUUAUUGCACUGGGAAAAUUUCCCAUUGUUGUCCUUACCACAAGGUUUUGAUACUAGGAAUCUUGUUAUACUUAACAUGUGCUCCAGUAAACUUCAGAGACUUUGGGAAGGAACCAAGGAACUUGAGAUGCUGAAGAGGAUCAAACUUUGUCAUUCACGAAAGCUAGUCGAUGUUCAAGAACUUCAAAGUGCUCGAAACAUUGAGGUUAUUGAUCUUCAAGGUUGUACAAGACUAGAAAGAUUUAUAGACACAUGCCAUUUCCAUCAUCUCCAGGUGAUAAAUCUAUCUUGUUGCAUAAAAAUCAAAAGUUUCCCAAAGGUUCCACUUAAUAUUGAGGAGUUGUAUCUCAAAAAAACUGGUAUAAGAUCAAUACCAACUGUGACCCUCUCUUCACAAGAUAACAUAAUUACUUAUCAUCAUGGGGGUCACAAAUUCUUUGAUCUUGAAGACUCAAUCAUGGUUUAUUUGGAACACCUCAAAGUUCUUGAUCUGUCUCGUUGCAUAGAGCUUGAGGAUAUUCAGGUUAUCCCAAAGAAUCUUAAAAAGCUAUACCUUGGUGGCACCAGCAUUCAAGAACUGCCUUCCCUAGUGCAUCUCUCUGAACUUGUUGUGUUAGAUUUGGAGAACUGCAAACAGCUUCAAAAGAUACCAUUGAGAUUGAGUACCUUGACUUCUCUUGCGGUACUUAAUCUCUCUGGAUGCUCAGAGCUUGAAGACAUGGAAGAUAUCAACCUCCCAAGAAACUUGGAAGAGUUAUAUCUUGCUGGCACAGCUAUACAAGAAGUGCCCUCGUCAAUCACGUAUCUCUCAGAACUUGUCAUAUUAGAUUUUCAGAACUGCAAAAGGCUUCGACGUCUUCCCAUGGAGAUUAGUAACUUAAAAUCUCUUGUCACACUUAAGUUACCAAGGCUGUUCACAGUAGAAACUGGCAUGAGUAAUCUUAUCUCAGAUUUUAAUGAGAAUGUAUGUCAGCGUCAAGAUUACUUGCCUCAACCAAGGCUGUUGCCAUCUUCAAGGUUACUACAUGGCUUGGUCCCAAGAUUCUAUGCUCUAGUAUCUUUGUCCCUCUGCAAUUCAUCUUUGAUGCAUAUACCUGAAGAGAUAUGUUCCUUGGCUACAGUAACGGUAUUGGAUCUUAGCAGGAACGGUUUCAGAAAAAUCCCUGAAAGUAUAAAGCAGCUAUCUAAACUGCAUAGCCUCAGAUUACGUCACUGUAGAAACCUCAGAUCUCUUCCAGAGCUUCCACAAAGUUUGAAACUCUUGAACGUGCAUGGUUGUGUAUCCCUAGAGUCAGUUUCAUGGGGGUCUGAGCACUUUCCUAGUCACUACACCUUUAACAAUUGCUUUAAUAAGUCUCCAGAAGUGGCUAGAAAACGAGUAGCAAAAGGUCUGGCUAAAGUAUCAAGCAUCGGCAAAGAACAUGAGCAGGAACUCAUCAAAGCACUUGCGUUCAGCAUUUGCGCUCCUGCGGAUGCAAAUCAGACAUCUUCCUACAAUUUGCGGACAGGUUCGUUUGCAAUGGUAGAGCUAACUUCUUCCCUACGCAACACACUCUUGGGCUUUGCUAUAUUUGUUGUGGUUACGUUUGUGGAUGAUAGUCACAACAAUGCUGGUCUUGGGGUCAGGUGCAUAAGCACAUGGAAGAGUAAGAGAAAGGUGAUUAGUAAAAUGGAGAAAGUUUUCAGGUGUUGGGGUCCGAGAGAAGCUCCUGAGGUUCAGAGGGAUCAUAUGUUUGUGUUUUACGAGGAUGCUGAGAUGCAUCGAAGUGUUGGUGGUGGUGAAGGAAACGAAAGUAGUGUAUUGGCUGAUCAAGUAGAGUUUGAGUUUCAAGCAGUAAGUGGGAGGAACAAGGUUUUAGGAGGUAGUAGCGUGGUGAGUGAAUGUGAUGUUUGUGUGAUGACAGCAGCAACUGGGGCGGCGAGCUUGAGUGUGAUAAGUGCAAGUAAGGAUAUGAGUUUAAGUAGGAAGCAUUCUCCCAAGCUUUCAAGUCUGCUCGGUAAACUUCGGUUUAGGCGCACUGGGAGGUUUGUUGGUUGUGCUUGCCUAGAGUAAGUAAUCUAAAGGAGAAAAUAGCGUACAUGAAAAGAGAAAUACAUUUUUGGUUAUUUAUUUGUAUUUUGUAUAGUAAAACAAGAUAAAU